AUGGCUUCGUCAACCUCCUCCCAGAAAUCUCGACCUUUGCUCAUCCCACAUAAGCGUGCUCUUUUAUCCUUACCAACCAACAGGCCAGGUCACAAGGUACACAAAGUCCUCAAUCCUAGCGCCAUCCCCGCGGAGAUGAGCAUAAAACAGUCAUACGAAGAGGCUACUCAAGAAAAAAAUAAGCCCACAAGUUCAAACGGACAUAAUAAAAGCACGGUUGAACACGAAGAAGACUACGAGCCCCAGCCCCCGCGCUUUGAAGUCUCAUUCUCUAUGCCGCCACAGCCCUUCCUUGACCCACCAACCUGGGAAGCGAUGCUCAAGCACGGGCGCGAGAGACUAACAGCAGAGUCAGUAAAUGAUGAACUGGGCUCAGGGGUGGAUCAGGAAGAUGAAUCGGCUGAGCGAAUGAGACAACAAGUGGAGCGCGAGACGCAGUAUGGGUCUAUGGCUAUUCGGGGCCGGUCGAGUGUACGUGGGCGUGGGAAGAGAGGAAGGGGGAGAGGCAAUGUCUACUGGGGUGGUAGGCGCUGA